GUGGGGGAAUACGACCGUUCGUUGACUCCUUGGGCUAGUGCUGCUCAACAACUCAAAACCGUUGUCGGCCUCCUCCUUUGCUCAUUUAUGGCUUGGGGCCCAUAGUCAUCUUCUUGGUCUUCUUGGUAGCGUGACAAGAGAUGUGUUCAAGGCGUACGUUCUACAAUCACCGUACCAGCGGUAUCGUGGCGAAGCCCGCCUUGCCACCUGAAAGAUUCUUGGCAGUGAGUCUGUGAAAGAAUGUGUAACCUGUGUCUCGUCAGUAGACUCCAGUUCAUUCCAAACUACGCACUUCAGUAGGGAUUCCAAUCAAGCCAAAAAGGCUCUUUUUCCUAGACUCUCAAGGACAUAAAAAAGCGUGUGUAGUUUUCACCUCACCGUUAAGGUAGGAAGGCGAAUCGGCACCUCGAGUUUCAAUUGCAAUCGCAUUGGAUCAACAUGCCUGAAGAUAUCGGACCCGAUCGAAUCUUGCCUGCAGAGGAUUUAACCACUUGGAAACGUGAGGGAGCCACCAAAAUCCGUUUCUCUCAGGAUGGUUUUGGUAGUCGGAAAGCCAUCUCCGUUCCCACCUAUGUACGAAAAGCUUGUGAGGAGGCCAAUAACAAACCCGCAGUCAGGUUUAAGAAAGAUGGGUCGUGGAAGACGUGGUCGUACACGGAGUAUUACGCAUACAUUCGAUGUACCGCUCGUGCCAUGAUCAAAUUAGGUUUGGAGCCUUAUCACGCGGCCUCCAUUGCGGGAUUCAAUUCCCCGGAGUGGUUCCUUUCAUGCUUGGGAGCCAUCUUUGCCGGAGGCUUCUCUUGUGGUCUUUAUCCCACGAACAGUGCUGAGAUGAACCAGUUCAUCAUGAAUGAUAGUUCGACUCAGAUUUUGGUGGUUGAAGACGAUGCCGCCCUGAGCAAGAUAUGGAAGAUUAAGGAUCAAGUUCCUUCCUUGAAGCAGAUCAUUCAAUACAGCGGUAAGCCCACCAAACCAGGUGUUCUAAGUUGGCAGGAGUUCAUGGACAUCGGUGCCAAAGCUUCAGAAGGACCACUGGAGGAUCGUCUCCGAAAUAUGGCCAUCAACCAGUGUGCUACUCUGAUCUACACUUCUGGCACCACAGGCAACCCCAAGGGAGUGAUGCUGUCCCACGACAAUCUUGUCUACACUUGCGACGUCUCUUUAAAAACGUGCAAUUUUAGAAACUAUCAAGAGAGGAUCGUCAGUUAUCUACCCCUCAGUCACAUUGCAGCCAUGUUGGUAGAUAUUUACGCACCCAUUGGCUGCAGAUCUGUGGUUUACUUCGCCGAUAAGGAUGCCUUGAAAGGGUCUUUGGUGGCCACACUUCAAGACGUGAGACCAACUCAGUUUUUUGGCGUGCCAAGAGUCUGGGAAAAGAUCAUGGAGAAAAUGCUCGAUAAAGGCCGCGAUAUCAAAGGCCUCCAAAAGAAGAUUUCCCAAGCUUGUAAAGAGGCUGGUCUCCUCCAUUAUUUGCAUAAUCAAGAUACCGUGAUGUACCGGGUUGGCCAGAAGGUGGUCUACAAGAAAGUCCGUCAAGCCUUGGGGCUGGAUCAAUGUAUUGGGCUCUUCUCGGCGGCCGCUCCCCUGGGGAUUGAGACCAUCAAGUACUUUCUCAGCCUUGAUAUGCCUAUUGUGGAACUAUACGGUAUGAGUGAAACCACGGGUCCUCAUACCUUGAGCACUCUAACUCAAAGAAGACUGGGAAGCGUUGGCAAAACUCUGGAAUCCUGCAAAUCCAGGGUGUCCGAACCUUCGGAAGAUGGCGAGGGGGAAAUGUGCAUGUGGGGCAGGAAUAUCAUGAUGGGAUAUUUAGACCGAGAGGACAAGACUCAAGAAGAUAUUGACCCAGAGGGUUGGAUGCAUUCCGGUGAUUUGGCCACCAUCGACGACGAUGGCUUUGUUUUUAUCACAGGACGUAUCAAGGAGCUGCUAAUCACAGCCGGUGGAGAAAAUGUUGCUCCUGUUCCAAUCGAGGAUCUGAUUAAGCGGGAACUCCCAAUCAUUUCGAACGCUAUUCUCAUUGGAGAUAAGAAGAAGUUCUUGGCCGUGUUCCUCACCAUCAAAACUGAGAUGGACCACAACACAGAUAUUCCCAAGAAAGAACUUGCUCCGACCAGUAUAGCUUGGUGCGAAGCCUUGGGUCGGAAAUGUUCAACCAUCGAGGACAUUCUCGAAGGGCCGGAUCCAAUCAUUAUGGCAGCCAUUCAAGCUGGAAUAGAUCGGGCCAAUGCUCACGCCGUAUCCAAUGCUGCUCGUGUUCAGAGAUGGACCAUCUUGCCUCUCGACCUGACCAUUUCUGGCGGAGAGUUGGGGCCAACCAUGAAACUUAAAAGAUUUGCCUUCAAUAAGAAGUUUGAUCGUGCCAUCGAAAGAUUGUACGGGUAGAGACAAGUCACAGAAAAAACGAAUCGAUGAUGUUUGGAUUUUUGAAAAGAUAUCGGUCAAAAUUUGGGAGGAGCUCAACACACGACGAUGAUAUUAUUCGAUUGUACACUCAAAUAGUCGGUGCCUAAUUCUACCAUGUGUGCAAAUGUGACCAUAUAUACAUGUCAAACAACUGUCAAUGGCGGGGUCUGGUGAUUUUAAGCAUUUCUUUCAUUCCCUAAACGACACGAAAUCAAGCCAUCCCGGUUAGAAAAAAAUAUGUAACAACCAUUGUUCAUGUACAACAAAUAUAAGAUAUUGCGUAAGAAAAAUAAAGAUAUAUAUUAAAUUUGA